UCUUCUGCAGUAACUACAGCUCGUGCAAAGCAUGGGGGUGAAAACACAGCGUCCUCGAUGUUUUUUUGACAUAACUGUCAAUAAUCUGCUUGUAGGGAGAGUGGUCUUUGAAUUGUUUUCAGAUGUGUGUCCAAAGACUUGUGAGAACUUUCGCUGCCUCUGUACAGGUGAAAAGGGGGUUGGAAAGAGUACUCAAAAACCUUUACAUUAUAAAGGUUGCCUAUUUCACAGAGUUGUAAAGGAUUUUAUGAUUCAAGGAGGUGACUUCAGUGAAGGAAAUGGCCGAGGAGGUGAAUCUAUCUAUGGAGGGUUUUUUGAAGAUGAAAGUUUUGCAGUCAAACACAACAAAGAGUUCCUGUUGUCUAUGGCUAACAGAGGAAAGGAUACUAAUGGUUCACAGUUCUUCAUAACUACUAAGCCUGCCCCUCAUUUAGAUAGUGUACAUGUGGUCUUUGGUCAAGUUAUUUCAGGACAGGAAUUAAUAAGGGAUGUGGAAAACCAGAAGACUGAUGCAAAUAGCAAACCAUAUGCAGAAGUACGCAUCUUAAACUGUGGAGAAUUAAUUCCAAAAUCCAAAGCAAAAAAAGAAGAGAAGAAAAGAAAGAAAUCUUCAUCCUCUUCAAGCGAAUCUGAGAGUUCUUCUGACUCAAGCUCUUCCUCAGAAUCAGAAAGUGAAACAGAUGAAGAUUCUAAGAAAAGAAAAAAGAAACAACGGAAGAAGGAGUCCAAAAAACGAAAGAAAGACAGGAAACGAAGAAAGAAAUCAGAAAAGAAAAGGUUGGUGGUAAUGUUAUAUGUAAGAAUGUUAAUUGUCCUUUAUAUUGUCCUGGACUUGGCAUUAUGCCAGCACUAGUCUGAAUAUAAGCUUAAGAAUCAUUUUUAGUGAUUUUAAGACGACAUCUUUUAUGCAGCAACCAGUGUGCUAACAAAAUACUUCACCUAUCACAAAUUUUGAUUUAUUUCUUGGCCAGGUACUUCUGCCAUCAUAUUCUCCCUUUUCACACUUCAAUCUCAAAUCACACAUUUGGACAAACAAAGGGCCUAUGAUGGUUAGAGAUAGUAGGAACUGCAGAUGCUGGAGAAUCUGAGAUAACAAGGUGUAAAGCUGG